CGCAUACCAUGGUGGUGGUAGGUUGUUGACGUGCGCAGAAAGAAUAUUGAAAUUCAUUAAAUUGCUUUGGUAUCCGUGUAUCGAAGAUGUAAGUAGUCCCGAGUUGGCCCCUCGUGGCUGUACGUUAGACGAACAUUGUCGGUGAUGAACAUAUUGCAAAGAUGGCGACAUGUGCAUAAUUAUUCGUGAGAUGGAUUGCAAACAGUGCAGACGUCGUGAAGAACAAAGAUCAUCCUACGGAAGAAACAAAGUGCAGUGCCCUUUCUGAAGAAGUUUUGAUAGUUGAAAGUUGUCAGUUUGAAAGGACACGAUGCGUGAGUUUAAAGUAGUCGUGUUAGGUUCGGGUGGGGUUGGGAAAAGUGCAUUGACAGUACAAUUCGUUUCUGGUUGUUUUAUGGAAAAAUACGACCCUACCAUCGAGGACUUUUAUCGCAAAGAAAUCGAAGUGGACAACUCCCCCUGUGUGUUAGAAAUAUUAGACACCGCUGGUACUGAACAAUUUGCCAGCAUGCGCGACCUCUACAUAAAGAAUGGCCAGGGCUUCGUAGUGGUAUAUAGUUUAACAAACCACCAAACAUUUCAAGAUAUCCGGACUAUGAAGGAAUUGAUAACCAGAGUUAAAGGUACGGAGAGAGUUCCCAUUUUACUUGUAGCAAAUAAAGUAGAUUUGGACCAUCAGCGGGAGGUGACUUCUUCUGAAGGCAGCAGUCUUGCAGCACAGUGGGGAUGCCCCUUCAUAGAAGCCAGUGCUAAGAACAGAACGAAUGUCAACGAGGUGUUUGCUGAGAUCGUGCGCGAGAUGAACUUUAGUCCGGAAAAAGAAAAAAAAACUUAUUGUUGCUGCAGUUUACUUUAAUUGUGUGGCCCCGUUACGUAGAGCGAAGUGGAACGCAGACAGUGGAUAAAAGCAGUGUACAAUGGGCAAGAAGUCUCGUUUCACCAACCACUUGAUUGUUGUUAACUGAUGCCGAUUUCAGAGAUAUACCUUAACUUUCAGUUAACGCAGAGUGUUGAACUGGACAGCAAAACCACCGUUUUUAAGACUAUAAGCUCAUUUCUAGUAUACCUACUUACUCAUUGAUAAUAUAUUAUAAGUAAUGGCUUAGAACAGCACAAUAUAUUUUUAUACAUUGAACAAAGUCAACGCGAACGAUACAUAAAUAUUUUAUUUAGAAAUUUUUGAACCAACUCAUAUCUACCACCGAUCUUUAAUACCUAUUAAUGAUAGUGCCUGAAUGAUUCAACAUUGGUUGCAAUUCGACUGUUCAAGCAUAGAGAUAGAUGGUACCCACAUGGCCUAAAAACUAGCCACAUGGUUGCUAAAUUAUAAACCGGCCAAUAUCAUCUCGGUGCCCCAUCAUGUGAGCUCAUAAUGUACAUAUUAGAAGACUAACAUUAUUUUAUCGAGAAAUCUGUGUUUUGUAAUAUAAAACUACUAUGUGAUGUGUGUUUGAAUGAUGGAUGAGAGAUACUAAAUACUAAAUAAAUACGAUUUUGUAAGUAUUCAAAUGUUGCCGAUAGAUGUGUGUUCUGAGAGCCAAAAAGGAUUUGUGAUAUACGUAUUAUAAUAAAAAUCAAGUGCAAA